UGCAUACCAUAAGGCUCAUUUCUCAUUUCUUAUGCACGCCUGAAUAAACCUUAUUGCACUCCAUUUCUUUACUGAUUGUUACGUCAUAGUUUUCGUCGGCUUUCGUUAGUGUGGAAAGAACAGAGCUGUGAAUCGCUUGUAGAAGUGCAUUGUAGACGAGAUACUUUUUGUGCUGUUAAAAACAUUCAGAAUAAAUAUAAGGAAAUGGAGUUAAAACAAGAAAUCUGCUGUUCUCGACAAGAUGGCAGGUGCAUGUGCACCGAAGAGCUGUCCUCUCUGAAUGACUUGAGACAGAAGAACUUGCUGUGUGACGCAGUUUUAAGGUUGGAUGACGGUGGCGCUUUUCCUGUCCACAGAGUUAUCCUCUCGAUGUGCAGCGAAUAUUUCAGGAACCUCUUCACCACGACACUGCACGCCCGUGAGCAGAACGACGUUCUCCUGCACGGAGUCAACUCGGAUAUCAUGGCUCAGAUAUUGGAUUAUAUUUACACAAGGAAGGUGGACAUUCAUUACGGAAACGUGUGUCAGCUGUUAAGGUGUCACUUUUGCGCCGGCCUUGAAUCUCACGCUCGUCGCUUCGUUUCGCGCCACUUCGCUCAUUUGUCUCAGCACAGCGAGGAACUCCUGGAAAUGCCAGUAGAGGAGCUGCAGGCGAUUAUCGGGGCGGAAGAUCUGAACGUCAAAGACGAGGAAGUCGUGUGGAACUGCGUACUCCGGUGGAUCGACCACGACGCAGAAAACAGAAAAGGACACAUCGCAGAGCUCAUGACGAACGUCAGGCUGGGACUAAUUGACGAAACGCUUUUCCUUGAGAGGGUAAGACAUCACCCUUAUGUGACGGACAAUGAGACAUGUAGACCCGUGAUCGAAGAGAUGCAGAAGUUUUUGCACGACAAAGAAAUGAUCUUGGCGAACGACAAAGAAUUUCUGACUCCAAAGUUUGCCAGCCCGCGGAUCCCUCAUGACAUUCUCUUUGUUAUUGGAGGGUGGACCGCGGGAACUAUCGCUGAUUCGAUCGAAACAUACGACACGCGGGCAGACCGAUGGAUUAAGGUGGAGGAAGGCGACCCGACCGGACCGCGAGUCUGCCAUGGCACGGCGGUAGUCGGUUUUAACAUUUAUGUAAUCGGUGGUUCUGACGGCGUGCAAUUCUUGAGCUCAGUCCGCUGUUUCAACGCUGUUACAAAGACAUGUCACGAGGUGGCGCCCAUGAAUGCCAGCAGAGGCUACCUCAGUGUCGCAGUGCUCGGGGGUCUGAUGUACGUUGCUGGUGGCUACGCUGACAGUCGUCGACAUAGAACGGCCGAGCGAUACGACUACAGGACGAACCAGUGGUCUAUGAUCGCUUCUAUGAACACGCACCGAUCCGACGCAAGUGCGACCGCACUCAGUGAUAAAAUCUACGUCGUUGGCGGAUGCAGUGGAGAUGGAUAUCUGGCCUCAGCAGAGGUGUAUCACCCACAGACAAACCAAUGGACAAACAUUUCCCCGAUGUUUUCCACACGCAGCGGCCUGUCUUGCGUCGCCUUCCAGGGCAGUGUGUACGCCGUAGGAGGAUUUGUCCGAGCGUUUGGCGCUACGAGCAGUGGCGAGAAAUACGACCCAGAAACAGACACGUGGACCCAGAUCUCCCACCUGCUUAAUCCACGUGGCAACUUGGCGCUUCAAGUGAUUGACGACGCCAUCUUCGCCAUCGGUGGUUUCAGUAGCGAAACCAGCUCUUGCCAAGUGGAGCGUUUCGACGACCGCAGAAAUAAAUGGUACGAGGUUGCAGACAUGAAUACAUACAGAACUGCGAUGUCGGCCUGUGUGGUCAAGGGACUUCCGAAUGCAGGCGACUACAUCUACAAACACAGAGAUCGGUUGCUGGAGGAGAAACGGCAGAGGAUUCUGACGAUAUUGCGUGCUUUGACAGUUUAAGACGAUUGGGAAUAAGAGGAACAGGAAAACCAGGACAUCGACGACGAUUACCCUUGAGGAAGGAAGGAAUUGACUGAAGUUUACUUCUUCCUGUGCGAUGGCCACCCGAGGGCUUGCCACUGGAUCUGAAAUAAGUUCCUGGCGGUGGAUUUGAAUAACUUGAAUGAGGAAAUUCAAAAUUUUGAAGAUCUUCUCGAGACACCUCGCGUCCUUGCCGAUGCGUCUUUUAAAAA